AUGCUCCAGCGCACGGGGUACGGAGUCAGCCCUGCUCGGCAAGGCCUUGCUGGCGGCACUGGAAACGUGAAUGUGGGCUCUGGAUACCAUCAACAUGCCGGUAGCUUCGGCCCUAGCCAGAUAGAGCGGCACGAACCUAACCUCAGAGCCUUCGAAGCGCCACGCCCCAACAAAAACUAUGCUGGGUCAAUUCCCAGUCUCCCUUCAUCGGUUUCCUCAUUCAAGGUCAGCGAGACUGGUCUCGAAGUCGCAGAGGCCAAGUACGCUGGGAACAAAUCGGGCGGCGACAUCAGACUCGCCAUCGGCCUCGAGCACAACAUCCACAAGACGGGCAACAAUACCUGGAAGAAAUACAACUGGGCAGACCCGCACGGCAGGGACAACGAUGAAGCCCUGAGGGAGAAUUGGUACCUCACUCCCUUCAUCAGGGCCUGGAUGGCUGAAGUCCCUGACAAUGUCCUUGUCUCGCUUAAUCAAGACGAUCCCGAGUACUGGAGAUGCGACAUCGACCCCAGCACGGGCUCCUUCCUGCCACCCAUCGUCUGUCCAGAUUCCAUGGUUAACCAUUGGGACAAUCUGCCAGAGCUGGAAUGGCGGCGCCAGAACUGGAGUUCGACCCUGCUCAUCCGGCGUCAAAUGACAAGCCCGUAUCGCAACCCGGCCCAUGCACGCAACAUCCAGCGCGACAACUUCCGCAACCAGUCGCAUGAGGAGGCCGCUGCGAUCCUCGACGAGCAUCUCCGCAACCAGUCGCAUGAGGAGGCUGAAGCGAUUCUCGAUGAGCAUCUGAUUGUCAAGGUGCAUGAAAACGAGGUCGAGACGAGCGAAUACAACCACUACGUCCCGAGGAUCCCGUGCCACCUACGCCCGGCCGAGAUGGGCGACGCGGAGGCUGUGCGCCUCAUCUACAACUGGGAGGUGGAGCACGGCCUCCAGGCGCCCGACUCCCACCCGCUCUCGACGGAGGACGUCGAAAAUAUCAUCACCACCGCCCAGGCGCUGGGCAUGCCCUUCAUCGUCGCCGUCCGCGGUUCCGGCCGCGACCUGGGCCUGACCAAGGGCAACCUCUCGUUCUCUCCCUUCCCGCAGGUCGAAGAGUACGAAACCAGCCGGCGCGGCGAGGUCAUCGGCUUCGCCUACCUCUCCGUCUGGGGCGCCGGCCUGGCGGGCAGCGGCGACAGCACCGGUCGCGCGACGGCCAAGAUCCACGUCUUCGUCCACCCGGACUGCCGCCGCAGCAAGGUCGGCUUUUCCCUGCUUGACAUGCUGCUGACCACCGUGUCGGACCGCUUCUCGUCCCAGUCCGGCUACGACUUCGUCGACCCGGCCAACAGCCCGGUCUACCGCGCCGACGGCCGCGAGAGCCGCCCCCGCCAGUACUUCCGCUUGUACCUGAGCUACUUCGUCCGGCACAAGCACCGCACCGACGGCGACCAGGCCCUCGAGCGCAAGCAGAAGGCCUACGACGUGGACCUGCGCUGGGUCAAGAAGCUGCUCGAGGAGCGCUUCAACUUCACCGAGAUUGUGCGCUUCGAGGCCGCGCGCCGCUCCGCCAAGGCCCGCAAGGACCUGCCUGUCUGCUGGCUGGAUGAGGUUGUGUUUGAGCACACCUGCUUCUUCGAUCCGGAGGACGCGCUCACCAAGCCUGAUUACUAG